CUACACUCAAAAAGAAUGGCUACAGGUAAUAAUUCCCUAGUGACUGAGUUCAUGCUCAUGGGACUGACGGACCAGCCAGAGCUACAGCUGCCCUUCUUCCUCCUGUUCCUGGGCAUCUAUGUGGUCACUGUGGUUGGGAACCUGGGCAUGAUCAUAUUGGUUACACUCAGUUCUCAUCUUCAUAGCCCCAUGUACUAUUUCCUCUGUAGUUUGUCUUUCAUAGAUCUCUGUGAAUCAACUAUCAUCACCCCCAAAAUGUUGGUGAACUUUGUGUCACAGAAGAACACUAUCUCCUACCCUGAGUGCAUGACUCAGUUCUAUUUUUUUGCCUCUUUGGUAAUCUCUGAAUGUCAAAUGCUGGCUGUGAUGGCAUAUGACCGCUACAUUGCUGUAUGUCAUCCCCUUCUUUAUGGCCUCAUGAUGUCCCCUCAGGUAUGCUCCUGGUUGGUGGGUGGGGUGUAUGCAUUGGGCCUGGUUGGGGCCACAGCUCACACAGUCUGCUUGCUUAGAGUGUUCUUCUGCAAGGAAUAUGCUAUUAAUCAUUAUUUCUGUGAUCUCUUUCCACUCUUGAAGCUCUCUUGUUCUAACACCUAUGUCAACGAAGUGGUAGUUCUGUCAUUUGGUGCAUUUAAUAUCUUUUUCCCAAGCCUGAUCAUUAUUUGCUCUUAUGUUUGGAUCAUUGCCAACAUCAUACAACUUCACUCUGCUGAAGGCAGAUCAAAAGCCUUCAGCACCUGCAGCUCCCAUAUUGUAGCGGUUGGUGUCUUCUUUGGCUCUGGUGCAUUCGUGUAUCUGCAGCCAUCUUCAUACAGCUCCAUGGAUCAGGGGAAAGUGUCCUCUGUCUUUUAUACUACCAUAGUGCCCAUGCUAAACCCCCUCAUCUACAGUGUGAGAAAUAAAGAUGUCAAAAUUGCCUUGAACAAAAUGAUAGAAAGAAAAACAUUCUAA